AUGGAUCUGCAACCCUGGAAACAGGAUAUAUCCAAUAUCGCCUUUUGGAUCGUCCAACAAUCACGUCAAAUCUCCAUCAGUGGCUCAACACAACAAGCCUCUCAAUUACUGGUUCCACCGAUAGAUAUGCUUGGGUAAGUCGUCAAGUCCUGAUAAAAACCCAAGUGUUGACAAGACCAGAUACAACCAACUCGCACAAACGCAUGCAUGCGUCCAAUCUGCACUUACAAGUUUCCAAGCAUACAUACAGUAUCAAACCUCCAAGACUGUGGCGGUCAAAGAGCUUUACCUCUCGCAAUCCUGUUUGGUGCUGACGAAGUUGCAAAAUGAGGUUAAUAAUUUCUCGCUUGGGAAUGCGGAUGCGAUUGUCAUCGCUUCGCUUAUAUUAGCUGCGCAAGCUCAAGAUUGGUAAGUAUUAUAAUCUCACCUUGAUUGAAAGGAAGUUUGACUGACAUGUAUCAGGGAGCAAUGGGUUGUAUUUAUGGAAGGCUAUUCAAGUGUAACUUCAUGCUGCAGAUCAUCGAGAACGCAAAUACAAAAACUGGCUUCCCCAGGCUCUAAAACAAAUCAAACAACACACCACCCAAACCAUCUACCCAGACCUCCUAGGCGACCCUUUCCCACCCCAACACAACCCCCCUCCAACAACCAUCCCCACAAUCCCACCUCCCAGAAACCUCGAAGCAAUGCACCACCAAAUCCAAACAAUCCUAACCGCAAUACGCGCCACCAACCCCCUCAUCAGCACAGAAACCUGGCAUCACACCGGGUUUCAGGACUUGGAACAACUCGCUCUCACACUUACCGAUGCUCUCCAGCUUCAAUAUCCCCUGGAAAUAUGA